AUGGCAUCCCGAGUUUCCGGCCGGAUGAGGAAGAUUUCGGAUGAGACCCAGCAGAUGGUGAAUGCAUGGCUGUCGGUGGAUUGGGACCCGGAGAGCCGCGAGCACGUCAAGGGGCUGGUGGCGGCGGGCAAAGAGGAGGAGCUCGUGGCGCACCUCGGCCGACGCAUCUCCUUCGGCACGGCCGGCCUGCGCGGCAAGAUGAAGUGGGGGUUCGCCUUCAUGAACGCCGUGACCGUCACCCAGGCCUCGCAGGGCCUCUGCGCCUACCUCCGCACGGUCCACCCGUGCCUGACAGACCUCAGGGAGCGGGGCGUCAUCGUCGGACACGACGGCCGCUACAACUCUCGCAUGUUCGCACGCCUCACCGCCGCCGUAUUCCUCUCGCGCAAGAUUAAGGUGCACCUGUUCAGGGACGACGUGCCGACGCCGUUGGUGGCGUUUGGCGUGCGCCACCUCAAGUGUGCGGCGGGCGUGAUGGUGACGGCCUCGCACAACCCGAAGGAGGACAACGGCUACAAGGUCUACUGGGCCAACAGCGCGCAGAUCACCGCCCCGCACGACGCGCAGAUCGCGCGGGCGAUCGAGGCCAACUUCAGCAUCUGGGACCGAAUGCCCGACGACAAGGCCAUCGAUGAGCACCCCCUGUGUCUCGACCCCACCACCGACGUGUGCGCGGCCUACCUCGCCGCCGCCCGGCACUGGAGCUUCCGCACUCCGCAGCAGAACGCCGCCGCGCAGCUCCGCGUGGUCUACACCGCCAUGCACGGCGUCGGCGGGCAGAGCGUGGAGCGCAUCUUCGACGCGUUCGGCCUGCCGCCGGUCAUCGCCGUGCGCGAGCAGCACGACCCCGACCCCGACUUCACCACGGUCGAGUUCCCCAACCCGGAGGAGGCCAACGGGUGCAGCCUGCGGCUGGCCAUGUCCACGGCCGACCGCGAGGGCGCGCCGCUCAUUCUGGCCAACGACCCCGACGCCGACCGGCUGGCCGUGGCCGAGCGGCAGCGGGACUCGGGCGAGUGGCGCAUCCUCGACGGCAACGAGAUCGCGCUGCUGCUGGCCGACUGGCUGUGGCGCAACUACACCGAGCGCCACCCGGAGGUGGACCGCGCCAAGAUCGUGAUGCUCAACAGCACGGUCUCGUCGAAGGCCCUGGCGGCGAUGGCGGCGAAGGAGGGCUUCCACUACCGCGAGACGCUGACCGGGUUCAAGUGGCUGGGCAACCUGGCCGACGAGCUCGUCCGCGCGGGCUACACGUUCCUCUUCGCCUACGAGGUCGAGAUCGGCUUCAUGAUCGGCGACAUGAGCCUCGACACCGACGGCGUGCGCGCCGCGCCCGUGUUCGUCGAGAUGGCCAACCACCUCUACGAGCGCGGCCUCACCCUCUCCGACCACCUCGACAAUCUCUACCACAAGUAUGGCUAUUACAAGAUGGCGGUGGGGUACUACUUCUGCCACGACCCGAGGCUGAUGGACCAGAUCUUCAACGAGAUCCGCAACGACGGCCUCUACAUCAGCACCUGCGGCGACCACAAGGUCCAGUACGUGCGCGACCUCACCACCGGGUUCGACAACAGCCAGCCCCACAACCGGGCCGUGCUCCCGGUGUCGAGCGCGGCCCACAUGAUCACCUUCACCUUCGAGAACGAGUGCGUAGCCACCUUCCGGGGCAGCGGCACCGAGCCCAAGCUCAAGUACUACAUCGAGGUGGCCAACGCCUCCAAUGAGCAGCUCGCCACCGACCUCCUCGAUAGCAUGAAGCAGGAGAUCAUCGAUCGAUUCCUGCAGCCCAGCCAAAACGGGCUCCGCCCGCCCGCCGCGGCCGAGGACGCGCACAACAGCCCCCACAACAGCGGCAACAGCCCCGAGCAGAUGGCCCCGGCCCGCAUCGCGCGCGACGUGAUCCACAAGGAGAUCCAGGCGCUGCAGAACCUGGAGGCCACCCUGGGCCGCGACUUUGAGAAGGUGGUGGAGAUCAUCGAGAGCCGCGGCUCCGGGCGCGUCAUCUUCACCGGCGUCGGCAAGUCAGGCAUCAUCGCACAGAAGAUCAGCGCGUCGUUCUCGUCGCUGGGCAUCUCGUCGUUCUUCGUGCACGCCACUGAGGCGGCCCACGGCGAUCUGGGUGUCAUCACCGCCGAGGACGUCAUCAUCGCCAUCUCCAACUCGGGCAACACGCCCGAGCUCAUCUUCAUCAUCCCCUCUCUGCGGGUGCUGGCGGGAAAGAUCAUCGGCAUCACGAGCAACAAGGACAGCCUGCUGGCGCGGUACUCGGACGCGUCGAUCAUCACGGGCAAGAUCAUGGAGGCCGACCAGCACAAGAUCGCGCCCACGGCGAGCACCAUCGUGUGCCUGGCCAUCGGCGACGCGCUGGCCGUCACCCUCUCGGCCCGCAUGAAGUUCACUCUGCCCGAGUUCGGCCUCCGGCACCCGGGCGGGGUGCUGGGCGAGAAGGUGCUGGGCAAGGUAUUCCAGGAAUUCGCGAUGAAGGGCCAGGGCCGCUUCCUGCGCUUCUGGAAGCGCAUGACCAACGAGGAGCGCGACAAGCUGCGGCGCGACUUUGAGCGCAUCGACCUGGCCGAGCUGAGCCGGAUCUACCUCCAGUGCCGAUCGAAGGCCGAGAAGGGCGCGAUCGACCCGCACUCGCUCGAGCCGCUGCCAUCACACACGUGGGUGAAGCUGCACGAGAGCGACCCGGCGGCGGUGGCGGCCUGGCGAGACGCCGGCCUGCGCGCCCUCCGCGAGGGCAAGAUCGGGGUGGUGCUCAUGGCCGGCGGGCAGGCCACGCGGCUCGGCAUGACCAUGCCCAAGGGCUUCCUCGACCUCAACCUGCCCUCGCACAAGUCCCUCUACCAGCUCCACGCCGAGAAGCUGCUGCGGCUGCAGGACGAGGUCCGGCAGACGUUCGGCGGCGGCGGCGGCGACGAGGAGGUGCAGCAGCAGCAGCAGCAGAUCCAGAUCCCGUUCUACGUGAUGACGAGCCCCGAGGCGCUGCAGCAGACGCACCAGUUCUUCAUCAAGCACCAGUUCUUCGGGCUGUGCCCCAAGCAGGUCUUCUUCUUCAAGCAGCGGUCGCUCCCGUGCGUGGCGCCCUCGGGCGAGAUCAUCAUGGACACCAAGUGCUCCGUCGUCUUCUCGCCCGACGGCCACGGCGGCCUCUUCGUCGCGCUCAAGGACGCUAAGGCAUACGAGGACAUGAAGCGACGAGGGGUGGAGUACGUCUUCGCGUUCGGCGUCGACAACCCGCUCUGCGAGGUGGCCGAUCCGGCCUACAUGGGCUACUGCAUCCAGCGCAACGUCAAGAUGGGCUACAAGGUCGUCGACCGGCGAGAUCCGCAGGAGACGGCGGGCGUGGUGUGCGUGCGGGACGGGGUGAUCAACUGCGUGGAGUACUCGGAGCUGCCCGAGUCGGUGGCUGAGCUGCGGGACGAGCAGUCGGGUGAGCUGGUCUACAACGCGGCCAACAUGCUCAACCUGUUCUUCACCCUGCGGUUCAUGCGCAAGAUCGCCGACAACCCGUCGCUCAUGGAGUACCACCUGGCCAAGAAGCGGAUCCCGUUCGUCAACGACAACGGCGUGCGGACCGAGCCGCUCGUGCCCAACGGGUGGAAGUUCGAGAAGUACCUGGUCGACUGCACGCCCUACGCCAACAACUCGGUGGCCGUCAUGUUCGUGAAGCGGGAGGAAGAGUUCGCUCCCAUCAAGAACGGCUGGAACAGCGAGGUCGAUUCGCCCCGAUCGGCGCGACGCCUGUUGGCCGCCCACUACCGACGACGCAUCGAGCGCGCCGGCGGCAAGCUCGCGGCCGACGACCCGGACAAGAUGGUCGAGGUCUCGCCGCUCGUCACCGACCGCAAGCUCGCGCAGCUCCUCCAGGACAAGCACCUCGUCACCGGCCCCGCCGUCCUCCAAUAG